AUGGGUAACAAACUACGUGGUAUUGUUCUUAUAUUCGUUUGCGCCGUCCUCGCGCUGAUAAAUGGUUAUGCGUUGGAUCUCGCUGAGUCGCAGCACAACUAUGUCACCACGUCGUAUACGCAUUACGAGGAAUUGCAGCGAUUAUUCCACUCUUUGGCCGAAAAGUACCCACAUCUGGCUCGCGUAUUUUCCAUUGGAAAAUCGGUAGAGGGUCGGGACCUCAUAGUGUUGGAAAUCUCGGAGAAUGUCAACCAUCGCAGUCCUGGUGAGCCUAUGGUCAAAUAUGUUGCCAAUAUGCAUGGCGAUGAGGCUGUUGGCAGGCAACUGUUGAUUAUUCUUGGCCAAUACCUCUUGAACGAAUAUGGGAAAGACGAACGCAUCACCAAACUAGUGAACCAGACUGAUAUUUAUCUAAUGCCUUCCAUGAAUCCAGAUGGUUUUGAAAAUUCGUUGGAAGGAAAAUGUGAGUCCAAGAAAGACUUUUCAGGGAGGGAAAAUGCCAACCAUGUCGACUUAAAUCGUGAUUUUCCUGACCAAUUUGAUAGAAGAAGCCAGCUCAGGAGGGGCAAUUUUAUAUUAAAUGGACGUCAAAAUGAAACUGUUGCUAUGAUGACCUGGAUUUCCAAUGAACCUUUUGUACUUUCUGGUAACCUUCAUGGUGGUGCUGUUGUUGCCAGUUAUCCAUAUGAUUCUGGAAUCUCUAAGGAUUGCUGUAUAGAGAGUAAAAGUCCAGAUGAUAAUUUAUUCAAGUAUCUUGCUCAUGUUUAUGCAGACAAUCAUCCAGAAAUGCAUAGAGGUAAUGCUUGUCCACCAGAAGUAUUCCAAAAUGGUGUUAUAAAUGGAGCAUACUGGUAUGAAGUAAUUGGUGGAAUGCAAGAUUUUAAUUAUGCUCGUUCUAAUGCGUUUGAGAUAACAUUUGAGUUGAGUUGUUGCAAAUAUCCACCUGCUUCAACCAUACUUGAUCAAUGGGAACUGAAUAAAGAAUCUCUGAUAAAAUAUUUGGAACAAGUACAUAUUGGAAUAAAAGGAUUUGUAUAUAGCAAGGAUGGUAAUCCAAUUCAAGCAGCAAACAUCGUUGUUGAAGGAAUAAACCAUAAUAUAACAACUACAGCUGAUGGCGAGUAUUGGCGUUUACUUCUCCCAGGAACUUACUCAGUUCAUGCUACUGCAUGGGGGUAUGAACCCAGUGAGACAAUAAAUGUUACUGUAUUAAAAGACACACCAACAAUUCUUAAUUUUACAUUAAGCGGCGAAGAAGUAUCUUAUGAUCAAGGCGAAAAUGCAGUUGAUGUUAAGGAAGUAAAAACUAAUGACAAAUAUGGUUUUUACCAUACCAUGGAAUUCAAGCAUCAUAACUAUGUGACAAUGGAAAAAUACUUGAAAGAACUCAAUGGGAAUUAUGCCAAUAUAACGAGACUCUAUAGUAUAGGAACCUCCGUAAAAGGUCGUGAGUUAUAUGUUAUGGAAAUCACGAAGAAUCCCGGAAAACAUAGUCUUGAAAAGCCAGAAGUAAAAUACAUUGGAAAUAUGCAUGGCAAUGAAGUGGUAGGCAGAGAAAUGCUGCUGUUACUAUUAAAAUAUCUCUGUGAGAAUUAUGGUACUGAUGAAAGAGUUACACGGAUAGUGGAUACUGUCAGACUCCAUAUAUUACCAAGCAUGAACCCCGACGGAUAUGAGGUUUCCAAAGAAGGUGACGUCUAUGGAAUAAAGGGCAGAGCAAAUGCAAAGGGUGUGGAUCUCAAUAGAAAUUUUCCCGACCACUAUGCAAUUAAUAAUUUUAAUCAACAGCAGCAGCCUGAAACCAAAGCAGUGAUGAAUUGGAUAGCAAAAGUUCCGUUUGUGCUUUCUGCUAAUCUUCAUGGAGGUGCAUUGGUUGCGAAUUAUCCUUACGACAAUGGACCAGAAUCUAUGACUAACACAGCGAACCUAAGUCCAGACGACAACGUCUUCAAAAUGUUGGCACUAACAUAUUCCAAUGCUCAUCCUCGUAUGCAUCUUGGAGAACCUUGUCCACCGAUGAAAGCCUAUGGCCAAAAAACUCUUCUUGAGGAACGCUUCCCCGACGGAAUAACAAACGGUGCCGCCUGGUAUCCUCUCUCUGGCGGCAUGCAAGAUUACAAUUAUUUACACAGCAAUGAUUUUGAAAUCACUUUAGAACUCGGAUGCAUUAAAUUUCCAAACGCGAGUGACUUGCCGAACUUUUGGUUGGAAAAUAGAGAACCUCUUCUUCGUUUCAUCGAAAUGUCUCGUAAAGGUGUGCAUGGUAUAGUGAGUUCAUCCAUUGGUACUCCUAUAUCUCAUGCGAGAAUCUCCGUGGAAGGUAUAAAGCAUGAUGUCUAUACUGCUGAAGGAGGUGAUUAUUGGCGACUGUUGGUGCCAGGAAAAUAUAAUAUAACUGUUAGUGCAGUGGGAUACGAAGCACUUACCCAAACUAUUAAUGUACUUCACCGUGAAAAUAUCGAGGAUGGAGAAGUGAUGUUGGAUUUUACAUUGAUGCGUGACGAUCCUCUACACUGGUCGUCAGCGUACGAUUUUAGAUUAAGGGCAAAUUUACAGAAUGGUUAUUUAAAGAAUUCACAGUUGAGUGCUAGAUUCAGUCAGUUGGAGAAUCAUCAAUCUGAUAUCGCGGAGUUUAUAGCUGGUGAUUCGUUAAUUAGCAUGGCUAUUCAUUCAUUAAAAAUUACGCAUGACGUCGGGUCACCGGAUGAAAAUAAAUUCCGCAUUGCAUUGGUGGGAGGAUUAUUUGCUUCCCAGCCGGCGGGUAGAGAAAUUCUGUUACGUUUGGCGACGCAUAUCCUUAUGGGGAAUCAGAUUGGAAAUCCACCUAUCCAACGAAUACUGGAUAACGCUAUAUUGCAUUUUAUUCCCGGUGUUGAUCCAGGAUUUGAUAACAUAAGAGAAAUCAAAGAUUGCAAUCCUAUAGUAAAAGAUGAAGUAGGAGAAAAAUUAUUAUUGGAAAGCAAUACGUCUGAACGUAUAGAUGCAAUUACAAAUGCAUUUAAGAAAAUGCUGCAAACUGAAAAUUACGAUGUUGCCGUGAUAUUAGGAGGGGGAGCCUCACAAAUUGGCUAUUCGUAUGAUGAUCUGGGUAUAUUUAAAACACUCGCUGAAGAUUAUGAGCAUUCGAGACACAAAGAAAUAGGCAGUUAUACAAGCAAUAGUACACAACGUUUAACAAAUUUUAUACAGCGCGUAUAUAACUUACCAGUGAUAAGCUUAAGUUUGUCCUCUUGUAAAUAUCCGCCUGCGGACUCCAUUCCUAUCAUUUGGCGUGAGAAUCUGCAACCGCUGAUGAAACUCGUACAAAGCCUCACGAGCGGUAUUCGCGCAACAGUAACAGAUGAGCACAAUGUGCCACUUCGAGAGGCCACCGUCAAAGUAGGAGAAGAAAGUUACAAAGUGUCAAGCAACAUGGCUUAUUUCAAGAUGAUACUUGUGCCUGGUAAUUAUACGUUAACGGUCUCCUGCAAAGGAUACAGUGUACAAGUAUUAAAAGUUCAUGUAAAACAGGAGAGCAUAACAGACAUUAAUAUUAAAAUGAUACAAAAGAAUACAACACAGAAUGACGACAGAAUAAGCGUUAUAAAUCGUGCUUUAAGCGACCUAAAUGUGAAAUAUCCACAACAAACGACUCUACACACUAUCGGUGAAAGCACAAAAGGUAGCAAAAUAAUGUGUUUGGAAAUUGGUUCCGACAAUGAUCAGAAACGAAUAGGGCGACCUGCCAUUAUAUUCUCAGCCGGCAUGCUACGGAGUGAAACAGUAACGUCUGAAGUACUUUUACAUUUUGCCUCGUUUCUCUUGGACAGUUAUAAACAAAAUAUUGAAGUUAUGAGUUAUGUAGAUAAUUUCUCUAUAUAUAUAGCACCGGACUUUGUCCCUGAUUCCGAUGAGAAUCACACUUGCUUACCACCAUUGGAAGGCUUGCAGUUUUCGAUUCACAAUAAACUCGAUAACGAGGCGACUAUGAUUACGAAUUGGUUUAAAGACAUUAAUGCGGUAUUGGCCGUAAAUCUCAAUAGUGGUUCACGACACGUUGAAAUUCCACUCGGGAACAGCUACGGGAAGACAGACGAAAUAUAUAAAAGCGCCGACGAGGAUUUAUUGCAACAUUUAGCACGAGUAUAUGUAAACAAGAGGGCAAACAAAUUAUCUACAAGCUCCAAAUGUAAGCAAAAUAUGAAUAUUAAUGACAAUAGCGUGAUACACGCAGGAGUAGGAAUUAGUGGAAAAAGAGGUAAUCCUUUGAUGGAUUAUGCCUAUUUUAAUACGAGCACCCUAAUGAUGGAUGUAUAUAUUACUUGUUGUACUACAGACAACUCGGUUGUCAUGUGGCAAGAGAACAAAGAUAGUUUAUUAGCUUGCAUAGAAGAAAUAAGCAUAGGCGUGAAAGGCUAUAUUACUGAUGAAAAUGACGAGCCGGUUGAGAAUGUUAUUUUAUCUUAUGACAAGUCACCGCAUUUUGUUAAAAAUGGAAGAGUAGGCGCUUACUCAAUUCUACUGCGGCCAGGAAGUCAUAAUAUAACAGUCACGGCAGCUGGUUAUAUUAAACAGACAAAACUCGUUUCCACAUCCGACGCAAAGAAAUUUUCCAGACUGAUGUUCAAGCUUAGUCGUGACGACAAUAUUAUGGGAAUGCCUCGACUAGUAUUUAUUAUGUUGACAGGUACAAUAUGUUUUGGUAUUGUCUUAUGCGGCAUAUAUAUUUGCAUGAAAUAUCAAUCAUCGGAAAGUUCCGAAAAGAGUAGAAAGGGAUACGCGUUUAGUCUAUUGAAAGACGGUACCAGUUUCUUCGAUGAUGACGAGAAGGAAGUUGAAAUAUUUCGAAGACCAGUGGAUGGAUACUCCACGAACGAUAGUGAAGUUACAAAACCAUACUAUGAUGAUGAUAAUAGUUCCGAAGAUGGCAGCGAUUUGGAGUUUAUUCGGCCUGAACGAGAGUGGCAUGAUAAAAUACCACAACAGACGUGAUAGCGAGUUUUUGUACAAUAUAUAGUUUGUUGCAAUGUAUAUGGUAAAUUAAUUGAAUUGAUAAAGAUUUAAUUAAUUGUGUUCAAUGUUCAAGAAAAAAAUUUAAUGAGAUGCGAAUAGUAGAAUAUUAAAACUUACGAAGAUGGAAAACACAGGGUCCAAAUAUAUUUAAAACAUGUACUUACAUCAGAUAAGUGUAUGCUGCACUUUUAUUUUUAAACCACGUGUGAUAAUUAUUUAUGAGAAGUUGCAUUAUUCAAUAUUCCAUAUAAACAAUAAAGAAGAACACAUUAUUUUUAAAGCAUAACAAUAAUAAAAACACAGGACAUAAAUCAUAUAUAAAAUUACAUCACUUAAGAGAAUUUUCUUGUAAACCGGAUUCAAAGGUUUUGUAAAUUUUUUCAUGAAUAAAAAUGCAGAUAUAAUUAACAAA